GUAUUUCUUGAGAAGAAAGAAAAAGCAGCUGGUUUUGUAUUUGUAGCUUGGAUUUGUCACUGAAGGCACCCAUCUGAAGAAGAAGAAGAAGAAGUAGAAGAAGAAUCGAGACAAUAUGAGCAGCAUAGGAACAGGGUAUGAUCUCUCAGUCACCACAUUCUCUCCCGAUGGCCGCGUCUUCCAGAUCGAGUACGCCGCCAAAGCCGUCGACAACAGCGGGACUGUUAUCGGCAUCAAAUGCAAAGACGGGAUUGUAAUGGGUGUGGAGAAGCUAAUAGCGUCGAAGAUGAUGCUACCCGGGUCCAAUAGAAGAAUUCACUCUGUUCAUCGGCACUCCGGCAUGGCUGUGGCAGGAUUAGCAGCAGAUGGGAGGCAAAUUGUUGCUCGGGCCAAAUCUGAAGCUACUAAUUAUGAAAGUGUAUAUGGUGAACCAAUUCCUGUCAAGGAACUUGCUGAUCGUGUUGCUAGUUAUGUGCAUCUGUGUACACUUUAUUGGUGGCUAAGACCUUUUGGAUGUGGAGUUAUUCUUGGAGGCUAUGACAGAGAUGGACCACAACUGUACAUGGUUGAGCCUUCUGGUGUUUCAUAUAGGUACUUUGGUGCUGCAAUUGGCAAGGGCAGGCAAGCGGCUAAAACAGAGAUCGAAAAGUUAAAGCUUUCAGAAAUGACUUGUCGUCAAGGGGUUAUUGAAGUAGCCAAAAUCAUUUAUGGAGUACAUGAUGAGGCAAAGGACAAGGACUUUGAAUUGGAAAUGAGCUGGGUCUGUGAUGAGUCAAAUCGUCAACAUCAAAAGGUUCCAGAUGAGCUUUUGCAGGAAGCUAAGGCUGCGGCUAAAGCAGCACUGGAAGAAAUGGAUGCAGAUUAGUGGAGCUUCCCUACUGUUAACAUCUCUCUUGAGUGGUUUUAUUUCAAGUUGUCAUUAGAUCGUUUCAGAACAUCCAUAAAAUGUGUUAUGGCAUAGACGGGUGCUUUUUUUCCCCAUCUUAAACCCAUUAAUCUUUAUUGCUGCUACAAAGACCGUGUCUUAUGAAGGAAGUGGAGGUCAUUAGUUUGAAUAUCCUUUUCUCCCUUCCAUUGGGGACAAAAAAAUUACUUAUAUAAAAAAAAUAUUUAUUGCA